CUAAUAAUAUUACAUUGUUGAGAGAAACAACGUUAAUGGCGAUGUCGUCUGGUUCAUGGACAGCCAAGCAAAACAAGGACUUCGAAAAGGCAUUGGCGGUGUAUGAUAAGGACACUCCAGAUCGUUGGUACAAUGUUGCCAAAGCUGUGGGAGGGAAAACCGUGGAGGAAGUGAAGAAACACUAUGAGCUUCUCCUUGAGGAUGUGAAGCGCAUCGAGUCCGGCCGAGUCCCCUUCCCCAACUACUGGAAUCACUCAGCUGGUAAAACCCCACACUAGUGUCCAACAAACUUGUUAUGCCUAAUCCCUUUCUUGUUGUGUUUUUUCUCUUGAAAUCUGCAGCAUGAAAAAUCCAAGUAAAAGCAUUGGUGGACUUGCAUGCAUAUCCAAUAAAGAUAUAUCAGACUGCUGCGAGUAUCAGUUAUAUAGCAGGAAUUAGUUGUAGAUUUAUGCCGCCAUUAAUGUAUGUAUUAGGAGGAGAAAAAUAAUUUGUGAUCCCUCCUUUGUUUUUCGUUACCA